AGUUUUACAGAUAAUAAACUAAUAAUACAUUAACGAGAUAUACGGUUAUUAUUCGACAUGGUUUUGAAUCGAGUGUAUGAAGUUUUGAAGAAGAGAUAUAAUGAUGGCCAUGUCGAAUCGCCUUUGGACUCCAAGUAUAUGACCCAAGUCCAGUUUCUCCUGAGCGCCAUAGGAUCCUGGCCUUAUCAUCAACUUGGACGAAGUCGAUUAGCCGCCAUUAUGUCUACGGUCAAUGCUAUUCUCAUAGCUGUUGGCAUAAUGGCGUGUGUUUUGGAAGCAAGCUACAUUCAGCGGAAUAGAGAAAAACUGACGUUUUUCCAUUUUGGCCAUGUUAUUUUGUGUUGUUUUCUUAAUAUGUUGUAUGUGCAAAGGCUAUUUACAGCAAGGACUGAUAAAUAUCAAGAGACUGUAAAGGAUUAUUUACUUGAUUUUCAUUUGUUUUACUUCAAAGGCCGGUCACCAUAUGCCGCUAAGGUAUACGCACAAAUCCACAUAAUAUCGAUAAUGUUCACAAUCUACGUGAUGUGGGAGAUGUUCAUAGGAGUUGCCCUGUUCAUAUUCAUGCCUUGGUUCAAUAACUAUAGCAGAGGCAUGUUCAACGAAAACCGGCCCCAAAACACCACGUUUGAACACUCUAUGUAUUAUUAUCUACCUGACACCGUAUAUACAACUAUAGAGGGAUAUUGGAUAUUAUUUGGCAUCAACAUACCCAUUUCCUGCGUAGUCACAAUAGGCCUCUGUGUUUUCGAUCUCCUCCUCAGCCUGAUAGUGUUCCAAAUUUGGGGGCACCUUAGAAUUCUGAAGCAUAAUUUGUUUAGUAUACCGAUUCCGGCAAAAAGAGGAUCAUAUUCGGUUGAAGAGAAUAAUCGAAUACGAAUGUUGUUAAAGGAAAUUAUAUUACAUCACAAGUUUAUUGUAAAAUUCGUGGACAGAUGCUCGGACGCGUUCAGCGAAUAUUUGUUCGCGUUCUACCUGCUCAUGCAGUUCAUCACCUGCAUCUUACUGCUGGAAGUAACCUCUUUCACAGCAGAGGCGCUGGCUAAAUACGGCCCCUUGACCAUUGGGAUGCAUCAGCAGUUAAUACAAGUGUCGAUUCUUUUCGAAAUGUUAAACACCAAGAGUGAGCAGCUGAUCGACGCUGUAUACGCCAUCCCCUGGGAGCACAUGGACACACGCAACAGAAGAACUCUGCUGUUUUUCCUUCAUAGGGUCCAGACCCCAGUCGGUUUGAAAGCAGCCAAGGUCGUUCCUGUUGGGGUCAACACUAUGUUUGCAGUUCUGAAAACCACGUUCUCGUAUUACAUGAUGCUGAAGACUCUAGCUGGAGAGCAAUAAAGUAUAUAGUUUGUCUAUAAGGUGUAAGGACUGUCAUAUUUCAAUCAUAGAAUUAAAAUCGAAACUAACUGUAAGAUUGAUAACAGUUUAUUUAACCCUGAGACAGUGUCGCUGCAAACAGCUUACGUAUGGCAAUAAUGUGCGUACGACAUGUAUAGUCGGGGUAGUGGGCAUUGGCUUCAUGUCGAUACUCGUAUAAUGUCAGAAAUAUUGCUUACAGAGAAAUUCGGUUCUUUCAAUUUACCUAUUCGUCAAAAUCUGAUUCUAAAUAUUCAAUAUUUAUAUAUUCUUCGUUUUCUGACUCUGACGAAGUCUGAUUUUCAUCAGAUGUUGUGUCGCUUUCAGGACCACCAACCUCGAUUAUAAAACGUUCAGUCUGCAAUUCGAUUAUAGGACCUAUAAUCGUCUUCAAUUUUUUUAACAUGGUCACAGCAAUUGCUCCAAUUUUCUUGAGUUACUUACUAUACGAUACGAUAACCAGUUCAAUACAACCGCACUAUAAAACGUCAAUACCGGUCAUGAGUGUCAUGACAACAACCAACUUUAAAACAUUGUUUAUUGGAAUACUAUGUAAUCCUUCGUCUUUUUUAAGCUGUAAGUAUUUGAUUGCAUUCACUACAAUUUUUUUCGCAUCUUUGGAAUAUUUUUUUGGCAUUUUUGUAAUAAAACCGUUUAAAUUU